CAUUAAAAACGAAAACAAAUAACAGCAAAAAUGAGGAUCAAAACAAGAGAAACCCCCAUCGAGUUAGUGUUACCGAAAACCCUCCCCAAGUGACCACACCCCGUCUCUUUCUCCGAUUCUUUCCUCGCGCACAAAAAUGGAGUCGCUCUUACGAGCCUGGACUGGUCAGGACCCAAAUCCUGAUGAUUACAGCAACAUUCAAUUCUGGUCCAACCCUGAGCGCUCCGGUUGGCUCAUGAAGCAAGGCGAUUACAUCAAGAAUUGGCGGCGUCGCUGGUUCGUCCUCAAGCAAGGCAAGCUCCUUUGGUUUAAGGACAACCGCGUACUCAGCUCCUCAAUUCCUCGUGGUGUCAUCCCCGUCCGCAACUGCUUGACCGUGAAAGGCGCUGAAGACGCCCUCAAUAAGCCUUGCGCCUUUGAGCUUUCCACCAGCCAAGACACCAUGUUUUUUAUCGCCGAUUCUGAAGAGGAGAAGGAGGACUGGAUCAAUUCGAUUGGGAGGUCCAUUGUGCAGCACUCCAAGUCUCUUACUGAUUCUGAGGUCGUUGAUUACGAUAGCAAGCGGUGAUUUUGAAGAUAUUUGCUUCUGUUUCUUGUAUAAAAUAAGUAUGCUUCUUCGUCUUGUGUUUGCUAUCAUAUAUAUUUUACGUAUGUAAUUAUUUCCUUUACUUAAUUGAAGAGGCUGUUUGGUUA